ACAAGACUUAGCGUCAAUAAAAUGCACCGAAAGAAAGAUAAACUGAGAGAUAAGACCGUUGAUUUAAGACGGGAAUAUUUGGACGCUGAGUCCAGCGACGAGCACCAUGACCAAUAUGAAAGCGAUAAGGAAACAGAAAGAGCGAAGGAAACGUCACUGAGAACGACUUACGACCACGAGGAACUUAAAAAACUGAUUGGUUUUGUUAAAAAUAUGACAGCACUAUCAAAACUCAAGGAUAAUGAUUGGAAUGAAACUAUUUUUGAAAAUAUAAAAGAAUUUUUAACGAACAAAAAAAUAAAAGUUUUGAUAAUUUAUUUUAAUGAAAAAAAUACUUUGACAAGUGAUUUUUAUUUUCCGACAUAUCCAGUAGGUGAACUAACGUAUUUUAUACGAAAAAGAAAUGAAAAAUUUUGUGUCAAAAAUUUUCACAACGAAAUAUUGUUCGGCACGACUAAUAAUACUAACGUUGAAGCGACGCUGUCUGCAAUAACAAAUGAUCUACUUGCGCCAAUUUUUCUAAAUAUUUAUUCAUGGAGUGACAACAAUGCUGCUACAAUGCUUUGCUUGAUAAAGUUUUGUAAUUUAUUCCUUAACUGUUCGACAACAUGCGUAAAAGCAAACUUUUGUAUGAACUUGUACGAGUUUCUUAGCAGUCUCACUGAGUUGAGAUAUAAAAAAUUGGGUUUAACUGUAAUUUAUGUACCGAUUGAAACAAAUAAUCUAACAGUGACAGAAGCAUGCAGCAAUAAAGAUCUUAUAAAACGCUUGGAGAAACUUAUUUUUUUAUGGACUAAACAAAUAAGACUCGGACUGUCAGACGCCGAAAGCCAAAUGAUAGAUAAAAAAUUUCCAUGCAUUAUUGAUGAACAUAAAUUAUGGAUCACACGAUGGAAUAAUUUCCGUGGAUUAAAUCAUCAAAUUAAAAGUUCUGCAGUGCAGCACAUAUUGGAUAUAUUGACGGAAGCUAAAUCCAAUCAAUUGCAACAGUUUAUGCUACUGAAUAACGAAAUUGAAGAACGUACCGAAGAAGCAAAAACAAAUAUAGAGUAUUUAGAGCUAUUAAAAGAUCCGUGUAUUGAAUUAAACGAAAUAACGGAGCCUGAAUUUUUAUCGGAGCACUUGCCAAAAAUUUUACAUAUCUUCCGUUACAUCUGGCUGCACUCGCCGUUCUACAGCACACAACAAAGAGCUUAUCAUCUCAUUAAGCUAAUAAACAACCAGAUUAUCACAAUAAACCGCGGGUUCAUUAACCUUGAAGAUGUUUUCGAGGAUGGGAAGACGCGAGAAACGAUAAAAAUACUGAAAAAGUGCAUUGAGGCUUGUAAAAGUUACAAGAAUCUCUACUUGAAGGCAAUUUUUAUCAUAAAUCUAUUACCUCUGUUCACUCACAAUGAUUUAACAUCAAACGCUUGGGAUUUAGAUGACAAAGAAGUUCUACAUUACAUCGAUAUCUUUAUUGAGAGAUGCAGAAAUUUUAUCGAAAUUUUACACGCCAUGAUCGACUUUGCUCAAUUAGAUGAAGAAGCCAAGAGAAUUGAGCCAAUUUUCAGUGGAACAAAUAGCAAAGAAUAUGAAAGAGUAUGUAUCAAAAUAGAGAAGAGAUUUUUAGUGUAUUUACAAACACUAAGACUUAAAGCUCACAAGAUAUUAGACGUUCAAGAGCCCACCUGGUACGACGACAUGUUCGCAUUCCAGAACGAGAUGAAGGACUUGGAGAUAACAAUUGAGAACCUCGUGAACGUUGUGUUCAAAGACAUGAAUAAUGUACAGGAAGGUAUUAGCAAUCUCUAUGGAUUUAAAAUUUACAUGAAUAGAAAGAGUUUGAAGACUCUCUUCGAUUCAAUAACAACAAAAGUGAGGAUAACAAUAGUCUUAUUGAAUUUAUCAAUACAAAAUUUAUCAAUAAUCACUAUUAUUACUAUGAACUUAAUUUUGUCGAAGAUAUGGCUGCUGUUUGCCAACGAUAUUCAAGUAAUAAAACAAGAAAUAUUGGAGGAACGUAAUGAGUGUCCGUCAAAUACUCCAUAUUUUUCUGGUAGAGCAUUAAAUCUAAAGCUGAAAAGCAAACGAUUAGAAGUGACUAGACAACAACUCACCGAGGCAAAAUGGCCUGGACAGUGUGGAAUUAGUGAGAAAGUUUACCAUCAGCAGGAGAUGUUGGUUGGUUCCAUCAGUGAAACGAUCGUCAGGCUCUAUCACAAGUGGAUGGAUGACAUCGGUGAUAAUCCAAAGAGCCGGCUCGAUCGAUACUUGAUGCGACGUAGCGACGAUAAGCCGGGACUGCUCGAGUCCAACCUCGAUCCAAACCUUGUGAAUUUAUGCCGCGAGGCGAACUAUUGGCAGUACCUAGGCUUCCAAAUUCCCAUCUACGUACAGAUGAUCUAUGAUAAGUGGGACACGCUACAGUUCGUUUCUGAGAGUGUGCUUAUGCUUGUCCGUGCAUACAAUAGGAUACUUGAUGGUAUAAUACCCCAUUGUCUUUUGUUUUCUCUUUCGCCUGAAGAACAGCUAUUUUUUAGACGUCACAUAAAAGACCUCGAUGAUAAAAUUCACCCGGGAUUAACUAAGCUAACUUGGAACUCUGAUUCUAUUGAUGUUUAUGUAAAAAAAUGCUGCGAUAUCGCAACUGAUUUUCAAGAUUUCCUAUAUACGUACAAAAAUUCAAAUUUAAAAAUACUGAAAAUUUAUGAGGAAAUUUGUGAUACGUCAAUAAUAAAAAUACAACCAAACUACAGUUAUGAGUUAUCAGAAUUUAAAAGAGAAUUUAAAAUCACGAGGGAUCGUGUUUUUAAAGAGCUUGAGGAAAAAUACAGGGACAUUAUUCAGUACCUCUUAGUAGUGUACGAAGGGUUUCAGUUGGUAAUUUCCGAGAGUACUGCGGAAUGGAAGAAUUAUCUGAUUAACCUGGACAGAGUAUUGGAAGAGACCUUACGUUUAUCUCUAAGAAACUCAUUAACUUUUAUGUACGAUGCACUACAUGGCGUUGAUACCAAUGGACCAUCAACAUUUAUUUUCAUUAAUAUCAACCUACUCAAUAAUAGUAUGGUGUUUUCCCCUUCUCUUGAUGAAAUCUCCAAAGUCACCAGUAGUGCUUUAAAAAAUAUUUUGGAACCGUUCAAAAACAUCCCAAGAUUGACUGAAAAAUUCGGACUAGGACGUAAUGGGGUCAGUAGUCUCUGGAGGACUUUCAAUGAAGACCAAACAUUUAUUCAGAUGCAAAAAAACAUUGACGAUCAAGUCGACACGUGUUUCAAUUUGAUUGAAAAUUAUCUCAAGACAUGGGAACCGUUUCGUGAUGUAUGGGAAGUUGACAAAGAUUUAUUUAUCAAAAGCUACGAAAAUUUGAAACCAUCAGCGGUCUUAUUUGAAGCAGAGAUCGGAAAAUAUACUGAGUUAGCAAAUAAUUUACAAAUGCAAGAAACAUUCGCGACAGUAAAUUUUCUAAAUAUUAAUUCAGAUCAACUGAAAAACGCGAUAGUAGAACACUGUGUAGAGUGGCAAAAUAAAUUAACACUCUUGUUAUUACGUAUGACUCAAGAAUUAGUCGAGCAGCUGAACGUUUACAUGGGGGAAAGCAUAACAAAGAUAAGCAGAGAGCCAACAGACUUCAUCGAAAUGCAAGCAACGUUGCAAUUGUUCGAGAGACUCCGAGCUGAAAUUCUGUGGAAAGAGGAAGAAUUCCCCAAGAUACGAGAGCAGUACCAGACUCUAGAGAAAUAUCAAGUACGAGUGAGUCUCGAUUUUAAGAGGAAAAUAAAAGAUUUACAAAAAUCAUGGACUAGUUACGUUGAAUUUAUCUCAAACUACGCGGUGACAAUUGCCGAGAUAAAGGAACAGUUCAAGUGCAAACUCUUGAAGCAGGCAGAUGUAUUUAAGGAAGACACUGUCGCGUUGCUAAAUAGAUUCCAAGAUACCGGGCCAUUCACCUCAGACUGGGGAACUCUCGACGCUCUAACAUGGCUGGCUGAAUUUAAACAACAGUUAGAGCAAUUGAGACAAGUUGAGGUUGAACUUAAAAAUAAUUUCAAUAUUUUUGAAGCCAGUCUAGUUGAUUCGUUGGAACUGGACAAGAUUGACAAAGAGUUUUCAGCGAUUCAACUUGUGUGGGAAUUGACAAAAAAAUGGGAUGAAUCAUGGGAACGUUAUAAAACAGUUAACUUCUGGACAAUAGAAAUCGAUGAAAUGGAAACAGUGGCAUCAAAAUUAUUCAAAAAAUUUACUCGGCUAUCGAAAGAGCUUGAAAACAAAAAUUGGUCAAUAAUUGAAUUUACUAGAUCGCGUAUUGAUAAAUUUCGCCGUACAUUACCUCUAAUAAUAGACCUAAAAAAUCCUGCAAUGCGUAAACGUCACUGGGACAAAGUUAAAUCUACAAUAGGCCAUGAAUUCGAGGAACUUUCCGAAGGAUUUACAUUGUCGUUAAUAAUAAAAAUGCAAUUACAAAAUUAUUCCGAUGAAAUUGGUGAUAUAUCAAAUGCCGCGUCCAUGGAAUUAACGAUAGAACAAGGUUUAAAGAGCAUCACUGCAACAUGGGAUACUCGGAAACUGGAAAUGACACUUAACAAAGAAACUGGAAUUUAUCGAUUACAAUCAGUGGACGAGAUCUUUCAGACUUUAGAGGAUCACCAAGUCCAGUUGUCAGCAAUGAAGUCAACGAGGUUUGUCGAGCCCUUCGUCAACGAUGUAGACCAAUGGGAACGUACUUUAUCCACGAUUGCCGAUUUGCUUGAAGUAAUUCUUCUUGUACAAAAAGACUAUAUAUAUCUGGAUAAUAUAUUCCGUACAGAAGAUAUAAGAAAGCAAAUGCCAAACGAAACAGACAGCUUUGAUGCAUUAACCAUCGAAUUCAAAGACAUUUCCAGUCAAAUGGCUAAAGCACAAAAUAUCGUUCAAGCUUGUCACGAUUCAAAUGUAUUACUUAAACGGCUGAAUAAACUCCUGAAUCAUAUGGACUCGAUUCAACGUGCGCUAGAGCAAUAUUUAGAAACUAAACGUCAUAUAUUUCCGCGGUUUUACUUCAUAUCCAAUGAUGAUCUUCUAGAGAUAUUGGGCAGCGCAAAACAUCCGGAUUUAAUACAACGACAUAUAAAAAAACUCUUUGGGAAUAUAAACUCUUUGAAAAUAUCAAAACUUAUAACGGGUAGGCAUAUAGCCGAGGGAAUGUUUUCAACUGAAGGAGAGUACGUGGGAUUUCUUCAGUCAGUAAACUUAGAGGGACAAGUAGAGUAUUGGCUUUGUAAAAUUGAAAUGGCAAUGCGAGAGUGCCUGAAAGAGGUUCUACGACAGUGUCGUGCGGCACUACGAAAAAUCCAGGAUAAGCGGGACAAGUGGGUAAAGGAGUGGCCGAGUCAGCCGGGAAUAACGUCCACUCAGAUACAGUGGACAAGCGACUGUACACGAGCACUUAUACAUUGCAAAGCUAUGGAAUCUAGGAAACCACUGAGAAAACUACGAAAACGGCAAAAUCAAGCGCUCACUAAGUAUUCAGAAGCUAUUCGUACUGACGUAGAUAAACUGCUGAGGAUAAAACUCAAAGCUAUUGUCGUCAUUGAAAUUCAUGCGAGAGAUGUCAUUGAAAAAUUAUAUAAACUGCGUUGUAAAGAUGUUACGUCAUUUGAUUGGAUAUCGCAAUUACGUUUUUACUGGGAUCGUAAUCUGGACGAGUGUGUUAUACGGCAAACUAACACUAAUUUUAUUUAUGGAUACGAAUAUCUCGGAAACUCGGAGCGCUUAGUCAUCACGCCGUUGACCGAUAGAUGUUACAUAACUUUGACAACAGCACUUAAUCUGUAUCGCGGUGGGUGCCCUAAAGGACCAGCUGGUACCGGAAAAACAGAAACAGUAAAAGAUCUCGGAAAAGCUUUAGGUUUGAAUGUGAUAGUACAAAACUGUUCAGAGGGUCUGGAUUAUAAAAGUAUGGGAAGAUUGUUCGCCGGUCUAGCGCAAACUGGUGCUUGGGGUUGCUUCGAUGAGUUCAACAGGAUCAAUAUUGAAGUGCUGUCGGUUGUCGCCCAGCAAAUUCUCUCCAUCCUUACAGCACUUGCUCAGAAGUUAACGAGAUUUCUGUUCGAGGGCUCUGAUAUUUCUCUUGUUCGAACAACGGGAAUUUUCAUCACUAUGAAUCCAGGGUAUGCAGGCAGAACAGAAUUACCUGACAAUCUUAAGUCAAUGUUUAGACCGAUAUCCAUGAUGGUGCCUGACAGCAGUAUGAUUGCGGAAAUCAAUCUCUUUGGAGAGGGAUUUGAAAAUACUCGAGCUCUCGCCAGAAAGGUAUUCACUCUCUACACAUUAGCACAACAGCAACUCAGUAAACAGCAUCAUUAUGACUUUGGUUUACGAGGAAUAGUAACGCUGACACGUUAUGCCGGUAAGAAAAGACGUCAGUACAGCCACUUACCGGAUGAAGAGAUAAUAAUUUUAUCAAUGAAUGAUAUGAACAAAUCAAAACUAACAUCCGAUGAUUUGCCAUUAUUCAUCAACAUCACAUCAGAUUUAUUUCCUGAAAUAAAAAUACCCAAAGUCGAUUACGAUGAAUUUAUCGAGUACAUCACCAAGGAAGCAGUCAAGUUGAAUUUACAGCCAAUUCCAAUGCUACUGACAAAAGUAAUUGAACUGUAUGAAACUAAAAAUUCUCGACACUCGACAAUGAUCGUCGGGCAAUCAAAUACCGGUAAAUCAACGAUAUGGAAAAUAUUAAAAAACACAUCAACGUCAAUGAGUAGAGAUAAAAAAAUAGGAUUCAAUGUUGUAAAUGAGUAUCCCAUUAAUCCGAAAGCAUUAAACUUGGGUGAACUGUACGGCGAAUAUAAUCCUUCAACUGGUGAAUGGUCAGACGGUAUAAUAUCCUCUAUUAUGCGAAAGACCUGUACGGAUAACAGUUUAGAUGAAAAGUGGAUUAUUUUUGAUGGUCCAGUUGAUGCAUUGUGGAUUGAAAACAUGAACAGUGUAAUGGACGACAAUAAAAUUCUUACACUUAUUAACAAUGAACGCAUAACAAUGACAAAACAAGUCUCAUUGUUAUUUGAAACACAAGAUUUGGCUGUUGCGUCACCAGCGACCGUUUCUAGAGCCGGUAUGAUUUAUAGCGACUACAAAGACCUUGGAUGGCAUCCGCUCGUUAAUUCAUGGCUUGCAAAAUAUCAAACCAUCUCUGAGGAAUUUGUCCAACAAAUGAACCUAUUGUUUGAAAACUAUAUCGAUAAAGUAUUAACGUUCAAGCGGGUUAAGUGCAAAGAAUUAGUCACCGUUAAUGAGCUAAAUUCUGUCGAAAGUUUGUGCAAACUGUUACAAGUGCUCGCGACACCGGAAAAUGGAGUUAAAUUUCAUGGAGACAAACACACUUUUAAUUUAAUGUGUAAAAUUUGGUUUCUCUUUUGCAUGAUUUGGUCAGUCUGCUCGACGGUUGACGAAGAAGGACGACGUAAAAUGGAUAAUUACGUUAGGGAGAUGGAUAAUAUUUUUCCUCUCAAGGAUACGAUCUACGAGUAUUACGUUGACGUUAGACAACGUGGUUUUACCUCAUGGGAAGAAAAAUUGUCAUUGGCUUGGAGAUAUCCUACAGACACACCGUUUUAUAAAAUAAUAGUACCAACUGUUGAUACAGUCAGGUAUGACUAUUUAUUGAAUGUACUACUAAAAAAUGGGUAUCCAGUGAUGCUCGUAGGACCUGUCGGCACAGGAAAAACGUCAAUGGCACAAACGGUACUAGAAUCAUUAGAUAAAACAAAGUACAGUGUCCUUACAAUAAAUAUGUCGGGACAAACAACCUCGAAUAAUAUUCAAGAUGCCAUAGAAAGCCGUUUAGAAAAACGUAUGAAGGGAAUUUAUCUACCAUUCGGUGAUAAAACAAUGAUAACAUUUAUGGACGACUUUAAUAUGCCGAUGAAAGAUACUUAUGGCUCGCAACCUCCGCUUGAAUUAAUACGACAAUUUAUUGAUUACAAAUUUUGGUAUCACCGUACGAAACAAACUCAGAAGUACAUCAAGAAAAUGCAAUUGAUGAGCGCUAUGGGGCCUAGUGGCGGCGGACGCAAUGUCAUAAGUAAUCGUUUGAUUACUAAAUUUAAUAUUAUUAAUAUGACUCUUCCAAUGGAAAAACAAAUUGUACGCAUAUACAGUACAAUGUUGAAUCAACAGUUGCUUGACUUUAAUCCAGAAGUCAAGGGAAUCGCUACAGAAAUAACUUUGUCGACUAUUGAAAUUUAUAAUAGUGUAGUAAAAGCAAUGCUACCUACUCCGGGUAAAAUCCAUUAUUUAUUUAAUCUACGAGAUAUAUCAAAGGUAUUCCAGGGUCUUCUACGUAGCCACAAAGAUUACCAAUAUUCCCGGUGGACAUUUCUCCGUCUCUGGAUUCACGAGAUUUUCCGAGUGUUCAGUGACCGUCUGAUUGACGACUGGGACCGUGAUUGGUUGAUUUCAAAGGUGAAUGAACAGCUGGGCAAAUACUUUGAGCUGACAUUUCACAAUCUGUGCCCGGAAAGACGUUGUCCUGUAUUUGGCACCUUCAUGAACGCCCGGAACAUAUACGAGGACCUGCAGGACAUGCACCCAGUACGUUGUCACAUUGAAAGACAGAUGGAGGAAUAUAAUACGUCACCGGGAGUUGUAAGACUUAAUCUCGUUCUUUUUAGUCAAGCUGUCGAGCACAUUUGCCGGAUUGCACGAGUUAUUUCCCAACCACGCGGUAACAUGCUACUCGUCGGGAUUGGUGGUAGUGGAAGGCAAUCUCUGUCUAAAAUAGCCAGUUACAUGAGCGAAUUGAAAGUCUUUCAAGUGCAAGUAACCAAGCACUACGGUGUUCUAGAAUUUCGUGAAGAUCUCAAGAGACUUUACUCAAUGACAGGAGUGGACAACACGCCAACGAGUUUUCUUUUUCACGAUUCUCAGGUCGUCGAGGAGCAAUUUCUUGAAAUCGUCAACAGCAUGCUCGGAACCGGUCAAGUCGCAAACUUGCACAAAACCGACGAAAUUGAAGAGAUUAAAAACCGUCUGAUUAAAGAAGCCACCAAAGCGGGUAUCAUACCGACCACCGAAUCAAUUAUUUUAUUUAUGUUUGAACGUGUGCGCGCCAAUAUGCACAUCAUGUUAUGCAUGAAUCCAAUUGGUGAAAAGUUUCGCAAUCGUUUACGGCAAUAUCCGUCGUUGAUAAAUUGCACAACGAUCGACUGGUUUCUUGCGUGGCCUAGAGAAGCACUCUUGGAAGUCGGCAACAAGUUCCUCAUGAAUCUUAGCCUCGUUACGACAAUCACUGGGGUGGACAAACUGGAGCCCACGAGGUCAGAAACCACACCACCAAUUUAUUCAUUGCAAGAACGCAUGGUCGACGGUAUUACCGCGACCUUUGCUCUAAUUCACGACACGGUAAUACAGUACUCGAAAAGAAUGGCAAUGGAUAUGAAGAGAUACUGCUACGUGACACCAGCAAAUUUUCUUCAACUCGUUGUUGGUUACAAAAACAUGCUCGAGAGUAGAAGACAAAAAGUUGCUGAGCAAGCGAACAAACUUCACAGUGGCCUUACUAAGAUCAAUGAAACCAAAGACAAGGUAAAUGAGAUGGCAGUUGAACUAGAAGUGACACAGAGACAGGUACUCAAAGCGACGGAGGAUUGUGAGGAAUAUCUAGUGACAAUUGUCAACCAACGACGAGACGCGGACGAGACACAGAAGAAUGUCACUGCCAGGUCUAUUCGCAUUGAGAAAGAGUCCAAGGAGUGCAAGAAGUUGGAGAUGCUUGCGAGAGCUGAUCUCGAAACUGUCGAGCCCGCGUUGGAUGAAGCUAUGAAGGCACUCGAUACUCUCAAUAAGAAAGAUCUCGCCGAGAUAAAAUCAUUUGCUCGGCCGCCCCCCGGCGUCGAAAUGGUCAUGGAGGCAGUGAUGAUACUGAAAAACUCCGAGCCAACUUGGGCGGAAUCCAAGCGACAACUGGGCGACGUCAAUUUCUUAUAUUCGUUAAAAAACUUUAAUAAAGAUCGUAUAACAGAUCGUACACUGAAAGCUAUCAAAAAGUAUACUUCAAAUCCGGAAUUUAAUCCGGACAAAGUAGGCCAAGUAUCAAUUGCAGCGAAAUCACUUUGCAUGUGGGUAAUUGCGAUGAAACAAUACGGCAAACUCUACAGAAUAGUGGCACCUAAAAGAGAACGCCUAGAGUUAGCACUUAAAUCACUGAGUGAAAAAGAGAUAGCCUACAACGAAGCCGUAAUACAAUUGCAAAAGUUGCGUUCUGAGUUGGAGAGUCUACAGCAAAUGUACGACGCGAAGAUGAAGGAAAAAGAAGACCUAAUUAGACUGGCUAAUCUGCUGAAGAUAAAGUUAGAACGAGCGGCAAUGCUAGUGGAUGGUCUCUCAGAUGAGCAUCUUCGAUGGCAAGAGACAGUAGAGUCCUUAGGGGAGUUUUACGAGCGUCUACCCGGUGAUUGCCUCAUAUCAACUGCUUUCAUAUCUUACUUGGGUCCGUUCUUGUCCAAUUACCGUGAGGAACUCGUUGAGAUUUGGAUGAAAGAGGUACAAGAGAAGGGAAUUCCCUAUACCAGCGAGUUAGACGUAAAGCAGUUCCUAAGCAAUCCAACAACAAUUAGGGAAUGGAACAUUCAAGGCCUGCCUUCCGAUGAAUUCAGCACCGAGAAUGGUAUCAUUAUAACCCAGAGCACGCGGUGGCCUCUUGUUAUUGAUCCUCAAUGUCAGGCAGUCAAGUGGAUCAAGAGUAUGGAGGCAACUAACAGUUUGCGAGUCAUCGACUUUGCCAGGCAAGAUUUCACGAGGGUUUUAGAGCUGGCGUUACAAUUUGGAGAGCCUGUGCUACUGGAAAAUAUUGGAGAACAUAUAGAUCCUAUAUUAAGUCCUAUUUUACACAGAUCAUUUAUCAAAUUAGGUGAUGCAGUAAUGAUUAAAUUUAAUGAUAAAAUGAUUAGUUAUAACGACAACUUCCGUCUAUAUAUAACAACGAAACUGGCAAACCCACAUUAUAGUCCGGAGAUAUCAACCAAAACUGCAUUAUGCAACUUCGCCAUUAAGGAACAAGGUUUAGAAACUCAACUACUCGGCAUUGCGGUGAGAAAGGAAAAGCCACAACUCGAAGAGCAGAAAGACAACUUGGUACUCAGCAUUGCCACAGGCAAACGAACUUUAAAAGAAUUAGAAGACAAAAUUUUACAUCUCCUGAGUGUGGCUUCAGGAUCUUUGUUGGACGACCUAGACCUCUUGAACACAUUACAGACUUCAAAAAGUACCUCAACUUCAGUCCAAGAGUCUUUAGUCAUCUCGUUGGCCACGGAAAAAGAAAUAGACGAAGCUAGAGAACAAUAUCGUCCUUGUUCUCGACGUGCGACGAUAUUAUUUUUUAUUUUAAACCAAUUGUACUUAAUUGAUCCGAUGUAUCAAUUCUCACUGGACUCCUACAUCAAUCUCUUUAUGCAUUCUAUCGAAAAAUGUCCGAAAAAACACAAAAUUAACGAAAGGAUUGACGCAUUGAAUGACUAUCACACUUAUGCCGUUUACACGAACACGUGUCGCGGGUUAUUUGAGCGUCAUAAACUAUUAUUUUCAUUCCACAUGUGUAUAAAAAUACUCCAAGCCCAAGGGAAAAUGAACCCAGCGGAGUAUAAUUUUUUAUUGAAAGGCGGGAUAGUUUUUGACCGCGAACACCAACCGGAAAAACCAGUUACUUGGUUAUCCAAUGAAAAUUGGGAUAAUAUUACCGAACUUGAUAAAUUUCCUGGAUUUCAUGGGAUAGUGUCGUCAUUUGAAGAACGUACACGCGAUUGGCACAAUUGGUACACAAAUAUCGAACCAGAAUCAAUAAGAUUACCAGGAGGAUGGGAGGAAUCACUAACGGAACUACAGAAAAUAUUGAUAAUAAGAAGCUGCAGGAGUGAUCGCGUAAUAUUUAGCGUAACGAAGUUUAUAAUAAAUAAUUUAGGAUCAAGAUUUGUGGAGCCGCCAGUUUUAGAUAUCAAGGAAGUGUUGGAUGACUCAACGUCGCAGUCACCACUGAUAUUCAUCCUGUCUCCGGGCGUUGAUCCAACCGCGGAAUUAAUGCAAUUAGCAGAAAGUAAAGGAAUGGCUCAGAGAUUUAUGACACUGUCACUUGGACAGGGACAAGCACCUAUCGCUACUAAUAUGAUUGAAGCGGGUUCGCAAGACGGGUCCUGGAUAUUUUUAGCAAACUGUCAUCUGUCACUUAGUUGGAUGCCGACGUUAGAUAAAAUUGUCGAGUCAUUAAUAAAUAAUAAAAACUUACAUCCUGAAUUCAGACUAUGGCUGAGUUCAAGUCCGACGUCGGAGUUUCCUAUAUCAAUCCUUCAAGCGGGAGUUAAAAUGACUACAGAACCGCCCAAGGGUCUAAAAGCCAACAUGAAACGACUCUAUGGUUUAAUUACAGCAACUCAAUUUGACAUUUGUCAGGCUAAAUCUAAAUACAAAAAACUAUUAUUCGCGCUUGUAUUUUUUCACUCUAUUUUACUUGAACGUAAAAAAUUUCAACAACUCGGUUGGAAUGUAAUUUACAGCUUCAACGACUCAGACUUUAAAAUAUCAGAUAAUAUUCUGCAAGUAUAUUUAGAUGAAUAUCCUGAAGAAACUCCUUGGGAAGCUUUAAAAUAUUUGAUAGCUGGUGUAUGCUACGGAGGUCACGUAACUGAUGACUGGGAUCGACGUUUGCUCAUGACCUAUGUCCAGCAAUAUUUAAAUCCUGAUAUAUUUACAAAAGAAUCCUAUCGCCUGUCAUCAUUAUCAAGUUACUACGUUCCACGUGAUGGAUCACUAGAGUCUUAUUGUGAUUUUAUAACGAUGCUACCGAGUACAGACAAACCAGAAGUAUUUGGUCAGCAUAUGAAUGCAGACAUAACGUCACUUAUCAUUGAGACACGUUCAAUGUUCGAAACUUUGAUGAGUCUGCAGAUUCAAGUGUCAUCCGAUGAAAUUACAACCAGUAGCAGUUGUACCAAAGAAGACAAAGUGAUGCAACUAGCAAGUGACAUAGAAGCAAUGCUGCCAAGAAAUAUCGACUAUGAGACAGCAGAGAAACUAAUUGGAUCAACAAAUAAGACACCACUUAGUGUUGUGUUGCUACAGGAAAUAGUACGGUACAAUAUCCUACUUGAAUUGACACGAGACAGUGUACGAGAUUUACAACGUGGGAUCAAAGGACUGAUAGUAAUGUCAGACGAGCUGGAAGAAAUAUUCACGUGUGUAUACGAGGGUCGUGUACCGUCAACCUGGCUGACAGCUUAUCCGUCCUUAAAAGCCUUAGGCUCAUGGACCCGAGAUCUCAUCAGCCGUGUUCAACACUUGGCUAAGUGGGCGGAAACCACUCAUACGCCUUUACUGUUCUGGCUUGCCGCCUACACCUUUCCUACGGCUUUUCUUACUGCUGUGCUUCAAACUUCAGCGAGACAAUCGAAUCUCUCUAUUGAUUCACUUAUUUGGGAAUUUAAUGUUAUUGAUAUUGAUAACGACGCUAUUGUCGAACCACCAACGGAUGGUGUUUAUGUGCGAUCUAUUUAUCUGGAAGGCGCUGGGUGGGAUUGUAAAGCUGGUAGAUUGAUAGAGCCAACGCCAAUGCAGCUGGUCUGUGACAUGCCUGUAAUUCAUUUCCGGCCCACUGAGCUGACGAGGAAAAAACCUAAAGAUGUUUAUAAUUGCCCGUGUUAUUACUACCCUUUGAGGGCCGGAACGCAAACUCAUUCAGCAUUCGUGGUAGCUGUUGAUUUAAAAACUGGAUACGAGACUCCAGAUUUUUGGAUUAAGCGAGCAACAGCUUUAUUAUUAAGUCUAGCUGAUUAAUUUAGCAUAAGUUUAAAUAAAUUGUUGACUACUAAUUAUGUUUUGAUGAUCUAUCAAUAAGCUAAUUAACAUCAGGAAAGCGUAAUUUUAUAGCAUGGAUAUUUAAGAAAAUUAUUGAUUUUAUUGAA